AAAUAGCUAGGCAAGCAGCACAAAUAAAGCUACUGAGAAAACUCCAGAAGCAGGAACAAGCUCGAGCUGCCAAAGAAGCGAAAAAACAGCAGGCUAUAAUGGCAGCUGAGGAAAAGCGAAAGCAAAAGGAGCAGAUAAAGAUAAUGAAGCAGCAGGAAAAAAUUAAGCGAAUCCAGCAAAUCAGAAUGGAGAAAGAACUUCGAGCUCAGCAAAUUUUAGAGGCAAAAAAGAAAAAGAAGGAAGAAGCAGCAAAUGCCAAAUUAUUGGAGGCCGAAAAACGAAUAAAGGAAAAAGAGAUGCGAAGGCAGCAAGCUGUUCUUCUGAAACACCAGGAGUUGGAGAGGCAUAGACUAGAUAUGGAACGAGAAAGGAGAAGACAACAUAUGAUGCUUAUGAAAGCCAUGGAAGCACGUAAAAAAGCAGAAGAAAAAGAGCGGCUCAAGCAAGAGAAGCGUGAUGAAAAAAGAUUAAAUAAAGAACGUAAACUGGAACAGCGAAGAUUGGAAUUAGAAAUGGCAAAGGAGCUAAAGAAGCCUAAUGAAGAUAUGUGCUUAGCAGACCAGAAGCCUUUGCCAGAGUUGCCUCGCAUCCCAGGUCUUGUUCUCGACGGAAGCACAUUUUCAGAUUGUCUCAUGGUAGUGCAGUUCCUGCGUAACUUUGGUAAAGUUCUUGGCUUUGAUUUGAAUGUGGAUGUCCCUUCCCUGAGCGUUCUUCAAGAGGGUUUGCUAAACAUAGGGGACAGCAUGGGAGAAGUACAAGACUUGCUUGUAAAGCUUGUCUCCGCAGCUGUUUGUGAUCCAGGACUUGUUACAGGAUACAAGGCUAAAACUAUACUUGGGGAACACUUACUGAAUGUUGGUAUCAAUCGAGAUAACGUGUCCGAGAUUCUGCAGAUAUUCAUGGAGGCUCACUGUGGGCAAACUGAGCUGACAGAGAGCUUGAAGACAAAAGCUUUUCAGGCACAUACUCCAGCUCAGAAAGCAUCAGUGCUUGCUUUUCUUGUCAAUGAGUUAGCAUGCAGCAAAAGUGUAGUAAGUGAAAUUGAUAAAAACAUUGAUUACAUGUCUAACUUAAGGAGAGAUAAAUGGAUGGUUGAAGGCAAACUUCGGAAGCUUAGAAUAAUUCAUGCCAAGAAAACUGGCAAAAGAGAUGCUACCGGCGGUGGUGAUGCAGGAGAGGAACAGCAGUCUUUGGAAACGUCAACACCAGGCCGCAAACGCAGGCGAAAGGGAGGGGACAGUGAUUACGAUGAUGAUGACGAUGACGACAGUGAUGAUCAGGCAGAUGAGGAUGAUGAGGAUGAAGAGGACAAAGAAGAUAAAAAAGGAAAGAAGGCAGAAGUUUGUGAGGAUGAGGAUGAUGGUGACCAGACAGCAAGUGUUGAAGAACUAGAGAAGCAGAUUGAAAAACUGACAAAGCAACAAAGCCAGUACAGAAAGAAGUUAUUUGAAGCAUCACACUGUUUGCGUUCAAUGAUGUUUGGUCAAGAUCGUUACAGGCGCCGAUACUGGAUUCUGCCUCAGUGUGGUGGUAUUUUUGUAGAAGGCAUGGAAAGUGGUGAAGGCCUAGAAGAAAUUGUAAAAGAAAAAGAGAAGUUAAAAAAGGUAGAAAGCAUACAUAUCAAAGAAGAAGAAUUUGAGACAGAAGAAAAAUUACACUGUUUAAAUACUACUUACUGUGAGCAAAAGGAAGAUCUGAAAGAAAAGGACAACACUAAUUUGUUUUUACAAAAACCUGGGUCAUUUUCAAAACUAAGCAAACUGUUAGAGGUAGCAAAAAUGCCACCGGAAUCUGACAUUUUGUCCCCAAAACCUAAUGGCAGUGCAGCAAAUGGCUGCACCUCAUCUUAUCCAGCUAACUCAAAAAACUCUGUCUACAGUCUUCAGCCAACUGUAUCACAAGGCACCACUGAGAAGUCUGAUUCUAAUAAUGUUUUCAGUCCUAAUGCAAGUGGGACAGGAAAGUUUUACAGCUCUCCACUAAUUCCAAAUGAUCAGUUGUUGAAGACUCUUACUGAAAAAAGCAAACAGUGGUUCAGCCUUUUACCAAGAACACCCUGUGAUGACAUGUCAGUUACCCAUAUAGAUGCACCAGCUACUACAGCUUCACUUACUCCUCAGUCACAUCCACCAUCAAAGUCACCUUCACCUGUUCCAUCACCUCUUCUGAGCUCAACCUCUGCACAGAGCCCAGUGGGAUUAAGUCCUUUUGCACUGUCACCACUGCAGAUGAAGACAGGACUACCUAUAAUGGGACUUCAGUUUUGUGGAUGGCCUACGGGAGUUCUUACUUCAAAUGUUCCAUUUUCAUCUCCUUUACCUGCUCUUGGAUCAGGAUUGGGAUUAUCAGAAGUGAAUGGUAACUCAUUCUUGGCAUCUAGUGUUCCUGCAAGUAAAAGUGAAUCACCAGCACUACAGACUGAAAAAAUAGCCUCUGUGUCUUCUGCCACAGUUGAAGUAGCCAAGCCAGUAGAUUAUCCUCACCCAAAACCUAUACCAGAAGAAAUGCAGUACGGGUGGUGGAGGAUUACUGAUCCGGAGGACCUAAAAUCUUUGCUUAAAGUGCUCCAUCUCAGGGGAAUCAGAGAAAAGGCCUUACAAAAGCAAAUACAGAAACACAUGGACUAUAUCACUCUGGCCUGCAUCAAAAAUAAGGAUGUUGCCAUUAUUGAUAUCAAUGAAAGUGAAGAUAACCAGGUAACUCGAGAUGUUGUGGAAAACUGGUCAGUAGAAGAACAAGCAAUGGAGAUGGAUCUUGCUAUUCUUCAGCAGGUGGAAGAUCUAGAGAGGAGAGUUGCAUCAGCUAGUUUACAAGUUAAGGGUUGGCUGUGUCCUGAACCUGCAUCAGAGAGAGACGACUUGGUAUAUCGUGAACAUAAGUCAAUUACUAGAUUGCACAAGAAGCACGAUGGAGAUUGUGCUGGAGGCGGAGAAGGCAAUACCAGCUCUCUAGAGCGGAAGAGUGACAACCCUCUAGAUAUAGCUGUAACCAGGCUUGCUGACUUGGAGCGGAACAUAGAGCGAAGGUAUCUGAAGAGCCCCUUAAGUACCACCAUUCAGAUCAAACUGGAUAAUGUGGGCACAGUUACUGUCCCUGCUCCUGCACCAUCCAUUAGUGGUGAUGGUGACGGAACUGAAGAGGAUAUUGCUCCAGGGCUAAGGGUAUGGAGAAGGGCAUUGUCGGAAGCGCACAGUGCUGCACAGGUAGCUCUGUGCAUUCAGCAGUUACAGAAAUCAAUAGCAUGGGAAAAAUCUAUUAUGAAAGUUUACUGCCAAAUUUGUCGAAAGGGAGAUAAUGAGGAACUGCUGCUCCUUUGUGAUGGUUGCGAUAAAGGCUGUCAUACCUACUGCCACAGACCCAAGAUCACUACCAUACCUGAUGGUGACUGGUUUUGUCCUGCCUGCAUAGCAAAG